CCAGAGUUCUAGGCCCAGACUUCUCCUCAAGCAGAGCUCCUCAGGAAAGAUUUGGUGACUUGUGAAAAUCUUCCUUCAGAUGUCUGGGACUGCAAGGCAUGACCGGGAGAUGGCAACCCAGGCCAAGAAAAGGCUUGCUACAGCCACGGACCCCAUGGAAAAACUUCGGCUCCAGUGCUUAGCCAGGGGGUCAGCUGGCAUCAAGGGUCUUGGCAGAGUAUUUCGAAUCAUGGAUGAUGAUAACAGCCGAACCAUUGACUUCAAAGAGUUCAUGAAAGGGUUAAAUGAUUAUGCUGUUGUGUUGGAAAAAGAAGAAGCACAAGAGCUCUUCAAUCGAUUUGAUAAAAACAGAAAUGGGAAAAUAGAUUUUAAUGAAUUUCUUCUCACAUUAAGGCCUCCAAUGUCCAGAGCCAGGAAGGAAGUCAUCAUGCAGGCUUUUCGGAAGUUAGACAAGACAGGCGAUGGUAUCAUAACAAUUGAGGAUUUACGUGGAGUGUACAAUGUAAAACACCAUCCAAAGUAUCAGAAUGGAGAAUGGACAGAAGAACAAAUUUUCAGAAAAUUUCUGGAUAACUUUGAUUCACCCUAUGACAAAGAUGGAUUGGUUUCCCAAGAGGACUUUUUGGAAUAUUAUGCUGGGGUUAGUGCUUCCAUUGACAGUGACGCCUACUUCAUUCUUAUCAUGCGAAAGACCUGGAGAUUGUGACUUUUUGGUUCUUGUUUCUAUCUGGAAUCAAAGACUUUCCACAGGAUGAUUUUUGAAAGGCUUUCAGUACUAUUAAUUCUGAGAAUGAUUAUAUAUACGUGAACCUCUGAAUGAUUUGCUUUUUCUCUCCUAAACAGCCAGGGACAGUUCAUUUCUUUUAAGGAAGUUAUGUAAGUGCUAUUGUUUCCUCACAAAUAACCAAAAAACUUAUUCUAAACAUCAAGAGAAAAAAGAACAGAGGCAUGGAUUUGGCUAGUAUUCAGAUAAAAUAACCACAUUUUAAGCAUCUUUAAAAAAUUAAGACAAUAUCUGUUAUCCUACAUUUGUUCUCUUUCCCCAUCUCUUUAAGUCUAGCCUGGAAGGAAUCAGCAUGAGCACUGGGGAAAAUAAAAAAAUGUCUGUUUCAUAAA